AUGGAAGAGGAGUACGCGGCUCUUCUUGCCAACCAGACCUGGGACCUCGUGCCGCGUCCGUCUGGUUGCAAUGUGGUGACUGGCAAGUGGAUCUGGACGCAUAAGCGUCAGGCUGAUGGCACACUGGAGUGCUACAAGGCUCGCUGGGUUCUCCGGGGGUUCACUCAGCGGCCUGGUGUGGACUAUGAUGAGACCUUCAGCCCAGUCAUGAAGCCUGCUACGCACUCUAUUAGAGACUGUCUACUGCUCUUAGCCAGCGGGAUUUGUGGAUUCGAGUCAUCCGGAUAUGGUCUGCCGGCUCAACAAGUCUCUCUAUGGACUGAAGCAGGCUCUCGGGCUUGGUACUCUCGGUUCGCCACGUUCUUGCUGACAUUGGGGUUCACCGAGGCCAAGUCUGACACGUCUCUCUUCGUCUACCGCCGUGGGGAUGAGACUUCCUAUCUGCUGCUCUACGUUGAUGACAUUGUGCUCACAGCCUCUAGUCAGCAGUUGCUUCAGAGCGUCAUCUCCUCUCUGCAGCAGGAGUUUGCUAUGAAGGAUCUCGGUCAGCUCCACCACUUCUUGGGCGUCACUGUUGAGCCUCGCCUGUCUGGUCUUCUCAUGCACCAGCGGCGGUACGCACUCGAUAUCCUGGAGCGGGCUGGGAUGACUGAUUGCAAGCCCUGCUCCACUCCUGUCGACACUCAGGCGAAGCUGUCCGCUGAUCUGGGUGAUCCGAUGGCUGAUCCUACUGCCUACUGGAGUCUGGCUGGUGCUUUGCAGUACCUCACCUUCACCAGGCCGGACCUCACCUACGCUGUCCAGCAGGUCUGUCUCCAUAUGCAUGAUCCCCGGGAGUCACACCUUGCUGCGCUGAAGCAUCUCCUCCGCUACGUCCGUGGCACUGUGGACCUCGGCCUGGUACUUCACCGCUCGUCCUCUAUUGAGCUGGUGGUCUACACCGACGCUGACUGGGCUGGCUGCCCGGACACUCGUCGCUCCACUUCCGGCUACACCAUCUUCCUGGGUGGUAACCUGGUCUCCUGGUCGUCCAAGCGGCAGCCGGUUGUCUCUCGCUCCAGUACCGAGGCGGAGUACCGGGCUGUUGCUAACGGCGUAGCGGAGGCGUCCUGGCUACGACAGCUCUUGGCAGAGCUCCACAGCCCGCUCGCCAAGAGCACGCUCGUCUACUGCAACAAUGUCAGCGCCGUGUAUCUCUCCACCAACCCCGUCCAGCAUUAG